GCGUCAUCUACCAUUAUGGCGAGUGACGGCAGCCCUCAGUGUUGGCUCUGGCCUGGAGGAGAGAGGGUGUGCGCCGCGCUGCUCUCCCACGCCGCCGCUAUGGCCACAGAGGACGCUGUUUCACCACAAUGGGAGGAAUUUUACUUGGGGUCGCGGCGUUUCAUGUUUGUGGCGGACAGCCUCGGCAUGCCCAUCGACCAGGUUAACUUCAUCGUGGGUCAGCUGGCGGGGCUGGUGGUGGCGUGGGUGAUGCGAGUCUACCUACACCCCUCGCGCGUCUCCACCACCACCCGACACUGGGGCUCCUUCCUGACGGGCCUCGGCAUAUCCUACUUCUGCUUCGGGAGGUGAACAGGUGUUGCUGUUUGGUUGCGCUUUUUGCUGGGCUGCUACCUCCUGAUGCUGCUGCUGCCCAUGACGCUGCUGCACCACGCCACGCUGGCCUCGAAUGUUCCCUUACUCUCAUGAUAUCUAAGGAGGCAAGAGGACUUACCCACAACACUUUCUUGCACAGGGCCGCUGAUGAUCAUGGUGCAGAAGGCCACGUCCCUUGCCUACAGCUUGCAUGAUGGCCUGUCUGGGCUCAAGGACCAGGAGCUCACCCCUCUGCAGCGGGAGAUGGUCCUUAGGAAGAAGCCCACAGCCCUUGAGUACUUCAGUUACUUGCUCAACUUCCACUCCAUCCUGGCCGGCCCGUUCUUCAUGUUCGCUGACUACCAGGACUUCAUCGAGGGCACCAACUAUGCCAAGCGCGCCAUGAACGUUGCCGUGUCAAAGACCGCACUGGACAGCAACAGGAACAAGAGCAUGAAGGAGGAGGAGAUUGACACACAGGUGGAGGGCGACAAUGGAGUGUCACCCAGCCACAAGCACCUCCUCCCCAGCCUUCCCGAGGACGAGCCGGACCCCACUCCAGUCUCCCUCUACAAGGCUGGUCUGGCUGCUAUAUGUGCCUUUGUGACCGUGGUUAUUCUGCCUAGGUUCCCCGUCACCUAUGUAACAGACCCUGAGUUCUUCCAGUCGUCAUACCUCUACAAGUCGUUCUUCCUGGUGGCAACAACUUCGCUGACCCGUCACGUCUACUACACUGCCUGGCUGCUCGGGGACAGCAUCUGCAACAUGUCUGGGAUUGGCUACAAUGGGCGGGGGCCAGAUGGGGAGCACCGCUGGGAUAUGGUGUCCAACGUGGAUGUCAUGGGUGUGGAGAGCGCCCUGAGUCUGCGGGACACCCUGGAGGCGUGGAACAGCGGUACAAUGAAGUGGCUGCGGUUCAUGGUGUACGAGCGCGCCACGGUGCAGAAAACGCUCUUCACCUACAUCCUCUCGUCGGUGUGGCACGGCUUCUACCCCGGGUACUAUAUCACCUUCGUCAGCGGGGCCUUCUUCACCAUCGUCGCCAGAUAUGUGCGGCGGUCGGUGCGGCCGCGGGUGCUGGCAAGGGGCCCGAGAGCCAAGGCUGCCUAUGAUGUCCUCACCUGCUUCACAACACGUGUCUGCCUUGCCUUCUUCACCUUCCCCUUCAUCCUACUCAGGUUCUGGGGCAGCAUUGCAGUGUACAGAGACUUUUAUUUCUUGCCGCAAAUCAUUGGGGUCCUGCUGAUAGUCUUCCUCCCCAAGAUUCUCCCCACACCUGCCAGGGCCAAAGCAGCGGAUGGAGCCACCAGCAUCACGAACGCAGCAGAGAAGAAGGCACAGUGAGAGGGAGGGAAGUGAGGGAAGACGGAGAGAAAGAAGGGAUGGAUACAAGGAGAGAGAUAGAUGUGCACAAAUUCUCCUCCCACGUAAUGCACAAUGUCAUUUCUUGCCAUUCGUUUUUUACGUUAUGAUCAUUUUUAUUUUUAGUGUUGCUGAUCAUUUUUGCUUGUUUUGUUAUUGCCACUCAAGGCCCAGAGGUGUUUCCAAAUGACGCGUUUUGUCACGUUCGCCUUUUUUUAGUUUGAAUUAUUUUGCCUCUAGUCGUCCUCUGAUUCCCUUUAUUAAGUCAUGGUCAGUCACCUGAUAUAAUCUGUGUGUGUGUGUGUGUGUGUGUGUGUGUGUGUGUGUAAGAGAGAGAGAGAGAGAGUGUGUGUGUGUGCAGUGCCAUCAAGGUGGCUGGCUGGUGGGAGCUUUUCGUGUUUGCCUCGGUGAUGCCCAACUUGCACUCUGGAUACUGUGUCACAUAGAGGGUCCUAAUCCUUGCUACUCUUCUUCCUCCAGAUUCUUUCUUGUCACCUUUAUGAGUCCUCUCAAAACACUGAAGUACCUGAUGGUGCAUUCACUACAAAAGCAAGUACACUUACCACCAUUUUAUUCAUGCGUAAUCCUUACCGUAAGCACUGGUGUGGCCUUUUUUUGCCAGCAGUGGCCACUAAACUAAGGGUCUCUCCUCUAUCAUGGUGUUGUUUGGCUGCCCUGACAGUUUUGUUGAUCAACCCAACCAAAGUUUUAGUAAGGCCGGUUUUUUUAGUGGUGCCUCUUGAAGUGGAUGCUACUUCAGCCAUCAAAGUCACUAUCAAAGUUAACAAUGAGGGGCAGCAUGCUGUGGCUGCAUUGCAAUGAAAAUAGUUCACUGUGUACAGGACUUGCAGUGAAGUCUUGCUUCCACCAUGCCCCAACAACUUGACCACCCAGUUCCUUUUAUAGAGGCACCAAAUGUCAAGUUUUUAUGGAGUGCCAGCAGCCCUUAGUUGUCCUGUUCAUUAGAUAAAAUUCAAGAAAAUCGUACAUUGAAUUCAUUGAUGGUUCCAAUGUGGGGACCUGCUGAUGGGAGACAAGAGGUUCCUGCUGCCAAUACUCCAUGGCCAUGCUUGAUGUGACCAUCCAUUGUGGGCAACGAAGUUUCUCUUCAGUAGGUCUCUGCUAUUCUUGCUUGUUCCUUCUACUUUGUUUGAUACAUUAUUGUUAGCCACCACUUUGCCUCUGACACAGUACUCAUUUGAGGAAGAAAACAGCUGAUCAGUGCCAAUUAUAUGUGUGUGUGUGUGUGUGUGUAUGUUGUAAGCAUAGUUUUCUUUCCCUGCCAGCAUCUACACAAUCACAGCAGCAUAGCUUCCAUAAUGAAGUCCAGGAUAGGGUGUAUUAAAAGCAACAAACAAAAUAGCUAGUUAACAUGUUGGGCAUCUUUGAGGUAAAAUACUCUAUUGUGUGAUAGCAGGCUGAACAUUCAGUUUUAGGAUAUUGUAUCUGAAGAGAAGGCACGGCCGCCUGCCAGCCAGACCCACACACGAGCCACAGAAUGUGUCUGCCUGCUGCACACACUCACCAAAACAUCACCUCAAGCAGUAAAACCGUUUUCUUCAGCAGCACAAAACUGCUCACUUAAUUUUCGAGGUGCCUUAUGGCACCUGCAGCACCAUGAUUGUAUACCCCAAUCAAUCAGUUAAUCCUGAUUUUUGUUUGCAUAGUGCCAGUAAGCACACAAGUCAUGCUGGUUCACUUGAUAGAUCUUUAUAACAUGAGUGUGUAGGGAAGCUUCCACUGUGUGUUAGUGCUGUGACUGACCCAGUCUGUCUCGGAAACAGUAGUACGUUCUUAAACACAUGGAAAUGUUGGGAAGAGGGGGAGACAGGACCAUACCCUUGGUGUAUGUACAGAUGAAGACGGAACUGUGCCACCAGCAAUGAAAUGUGGUUCUCAGCUCCUGUGUCAGUAGUCUAUUUUCAGAUAUUUGUUAGUCAUUUCUGAGGAUCAAGUUUGUGUGCUUGGAGGAUGUUAACUUAUUUUCAUACUUCACUGUUAUUAUUAUUAUUAUUAUUGUUAUGAUAAGCUACCAAAGCCUCCCUUUAGGGUGCAGAUACAACAAGUUGAACUGCACAAAAUACCAAGAGGUACUGGAGAGAAGCAAAAGCAAUGAAUAGUUAAGAAACUGGGCAGUCAAAGCCAAUAGGAGGAAAAAUAAAAUUACUGUUUCAAAAAGACAUUCACACGAGACUUCAAUGUAGAAAUGUCUGCGGAAAUGACAAUCUCAUUGGGCAACUGAUUCCAUAAACUUGUCAACGACGGAAGAAAACAUCGUGAGAAUUGUGUCCCACAAAAAUUCAUAGGAUGAAAAGCAAGAUCGUUUUGACGAAGAGCAAACCUCGUUUUAAUAGCAUUAAGCUUCAUGCCCCAAAGUUGACACCAAGCAUUGAUCAUUGCCAAGUCCCUAUUCAGAGAUGGCAAUGAUCAAUGCUUGGUGUCAACUUUGGGGCAUGAAGCUUCAUGCUAAUGCAACUUCACCUCUGUUGCUAGGAGAGUGAACAGAGUAUAGAGUUGUAUCACCAGCAUAUGAAAUAAGCUUAUUUUCGAGGUUAAUGCCCAAGUCAGAAAUAAAAAUGUUAGAAAAUAAAGGUCCAAGGACACUGCCCUGAGGAACACCAGAAACAACAGGCAGAGAAGCAGAGCAGCACCAUCAACAACCACACACUGUAAUUGAUUAGUUAAAAACUUUAAAAUACUGAGAAGACUUCCACCAACACCAAGGAGUUGUAGAUUAUAAAUUUGAGCCUUAUGAUUCACAUCAAAAGCAGAACUAAAAUCAAUAGCAACAACUCGAGACUCGUGCCCACGAUCCAAAGACUGCAGGUCAUGAGACAGAGUCAAGAGAGCGUCACAUGUUCCCAAACCCUUACGGGAUCCGAACUGAGAAUCAGGUAACCGAUUGAAUUUAUCACAGUAUAUGGAAAGCUCUUCAGCCAAAAGCCUCUCAAAGAUCUUAGAGAGGAUAGGAGUAGUAGAUAUUGGGUGGUACUCGGUAGGAAAAGUUUAAGCUGAGGCUCCCUUCAGGAUGGGGGUGAUGUUGGCCUUGCACUGUUGCUCUGGAAUUCCCCAGCUUACCCAUAGACUUUGUGUGUGUGUGUGUGUGAGAGAGAGGUGUUGACUGCACAGGCUACACUGUAUCUACUACAGUGUUCUUGCUCUCUGCUGGGGGGAAGGAAAUACAAGUAUCUCGGUGUCUUAUCUAUUAACUUAAACAAAAACUUUAUUUAUUAUUAUUAUUUUUUUUUUUCUAAAAAAAAAAAAUCACACCGGUGUUACCCUUGAGAUGUCUCGGGUGUCAUUGUAUUUAUGUUCAUGCACUUGAAGGCCUUUGUUCAUCCAGUCAUUUGUUUGCCAUUCACUGCAGACCAAGGCAAGGCUGUAAUGUGUCUGCAAAAUUCAUCAACUUUUCUUCAGUGUUUGAGGACCCGUGUUGGCAAGUACUAUUUAACAAAAAUCAUUAAAAAUGAACAAGGUGACUCAGUUCAGGUUCCUUCUGAAGAUGAGGAGUCAUAUCAAAGGAACAAAAUCCCAAAAUGUUAUGUAUAAGCAGAAAGCAGAAAUGUGUUAGCAGAGUCCCCAGCAUUCAGUCCCCUCGAGGUUGUGAUGCAAGGCUGCCCGCCGGUGGUCUGGCGCCGAGGCCACGCAAGGUUGUGAAGGGGCAGCAAGGCAGCUGGCAAAGGACAGGGGCCAGAGGCGUAGUUUAGCAUUAAGUGGUUUUGUUGUGUCAGAACUUAAUCACUACACACAAAAAUUACAAUCCUAACAUACAUGUGAUAUGAGUAGUAUUUUAGGUGAUCUUAAGAUGUGUUUUUAGUAUGUGUCUGCAUGUUCCGAGCACAAUGCACUCACUGGUUAUGUGAACAUUCAGCUCUGCAACAAGGUUUGGAUGCACCUUCAGAGGUGUGUCACUCCAGAUGCACAUAUUUUACCGUGUGAUUUUGCACUUAUAGGUAACAGUGACUUUUCCCUGUGGUUUUAUAUUUUUUACUGUGAUGCAACACACAACUUCAUGAUGUAGUGAGCAUGUUGGGCGGUGUGCAUUGAUGUUUAUGCAUCAACAAGUUUGUCGUGACGAGAUUUGUCUUAAUAAGAGUUAAGCCUCAAAACAACAGCAGAGCCUUCCUUCACUUGGCCAAUCUUUGAUCUUUAUCAUUUGGAUAUGAGGUAUGUUUUAUUUCUUAAUGUAAAGCAGUUGGUCCAUAGUUGAUCAUUUAUUAGGGCCAGACUUGUAGCCAGGACAUCACAGUCCAGUACGUGGCUCAGUGCAGCUUCUUGGUGCAGGGAAGCAGACAAGAUUCAUGGCAUAGCUGCCUCUUCUGGUGAAUAUUCAAUCUUUUCAUGGUUUUACUGAUAGCAAAUUAAUCAGAGUAGUUUUGAGUAAAAAUGAAGUUAUUUGUUUGAAUGUUAAGGCUGGGUGAACAUUUCAGCUAAAUGAAAGGGAACAAACAGUGAUGCCUCCACAGGACACAGCAGGUGGACCCAAGACAGUCAUUCACAGCCUUAUGGUGGACUGGGUGAGGGAAGGCUUUGCUGUGUGUGUUUGUGUGUAUGUGUUGGUGUGUGAGAGAGAGAGAGAGAGAGAGAGAGUGUGUGCACAUGUGAGCAGGCUGACAUUAAAAGCUGUCACCCACUGAGCCAACGAAGUGAAAAGGUACAAAUUUUAAUCAUUUGAUGUGUUUGAAAAGGAAAAUUUGCUUUGUUCUUACCUCUCUGUUUUGGUCCACCCUGUACUGUCUGGCAGCGUCAUCAUAAGUGGCCAUCAGCACAUUAAUUCUGUAAUUGCGUUAGUGAUGCUCUGCCAUGACAAACAAAAAUGGUAAUGCUUAUCUUUAACUAAGGUGUGCUAUACAUACUGUGUUUAUGGCCAUUCCUUAAUUAUAAUGAAAAUAUUUCAUAUCUUGAUGUACAGUUGGAUGCUUUGAUAUGAGUUGAGGGCCAAAGGUGUGUGAACUGUGGAAAGAAUGAUCAUAUACAUAAGUAAACAUGGUAAUGAGGUCCGUGGAGCACCAUAAGUUAGUGUUACUUGCAGGCUGGAAGUCAUGGCCAGUGGCUUCAGUGUUCAUCAAGUGAUUCAUUCUGUGCCCCAAGUUCCUCUGUCAGUUUCUUUGUACAAGUCAGAACUCACUAUAAAACACCGUGUAAUACCCCUUCCUAAGGUCUUCUAGUUUGCACGAAGGUGGCAAGUUAACCCAUAGGUGUGUGUGUGCUAGUGUGAGUGAAUGAGUGAGGUGUCUGCCUGCAUUUUGUGGGGUGUAACCAGUCACUGUAGCCUUUACAGACGAACACUUAAGACAGUCACUCUGUCAUGGACCUCAACACUAGAUAACCUCCAAUGAUAAUGAAAUGACAAAACCUGCAGUCUUAAUACCUCUGUAAAUUAGGAAGAUGACCAUAGUGCUUCAGUUUUUAUGAUUGAGUUCACACCUGACACCUGGAGAGGAACAUCAUAACCUAUACCUUGCAGGUGUUUGAAAAAGUGAUCUACUGCUCCAGCUACGGAUUGUUGGAGUUAAUUUGAACAAUCCUUCCCAGUGUUAUUCAGUAGUUACCAAUCACACGCAUUCUCCACCCAGCAGCUACCAAUCACGUGCAGGAGAACUGAGUGAAGUUUGCUAAUCAUCAACUAUUUAUGUGCUGCCAUGUGGGACAAGUUUGCUUACCAGACAGUCUGUAGUGACGGCUGGUGGUAAACAGUUCAUCAGUGCCUUCAAGGGUAACAAAUAAAGUGAGACUCACUCAAGAAAAUGCCUGAAGGACAUAUACUAUAUUUCCUGGCAUAUAAAACCAGGCGUUUGGAGUCAGAUUGAAAAUUUUCAACUCAGGAAAUUUCAAAUUUGCUAUUCGGAUUGCAAACUCCACCCCCCCCUCCCUGAAAUAUAACAUUUCCACAAAAAAACAAAAAAGCAAUCAAAUCAAUAUUCCCACAAAUUGCAUGCUUGAAAUGUCCUCCCACAAAAGCUAAUUUCUUCCACAAAUUUGAUCAUGUAUUGAGUCUGAGCGAGAUAUUUUUACUGACUCAAACUCUGACUCCAGCCAAAAGUAGCUGACUCUGACUCCAGACUCUAACUUCAAAUCCACAUGCCUGUUUAAGAUGUGUUUUUAUUUUAAAAAAAAAAGUAUGAAAAUUUGCCCUGCAUCUAAAACAGAAUCCAUGCCACUACAGUGAGAGGGGCUUAGCAAGGGGAUUGCACAAGCAUCCGUAGUACACAGCACAAAUUGUGCUCAGUUGUGUACAGUAAGUCCCUCCUUAACAUUGUCAGUAAGUUUCAGGUAACAACAACUUUAAAUGUAACAAAACCAAUUUAACCAAAGGCUAAUUGAUAUAAAGUCAAGUUCUUAUGGCAUGUUUCUGGUCCAGAGACCGCACCAAACUUUGCAUUUCUCAAACCCAGCUAAAAUCACAAUUUGAAAUAUCCCAGGAUGGCUCCCAGUGAGUUCUGGGGGAUGGGUGCCACAGCUGUAUAGGCUACUGCCUGUGAUCCAUUGGUGUGGCAUCAUCUCUGCAACAGUGUUGUAACAUUGUACAGGGCGUUUGUAACACUGUUCUCAGGGUUCCCAGUUUAUCCCGGUGCAGGAUUAUGACCAUGACCACUGCACUAAUGUUUUAAAUGGUUUCUCUCAGUCUUAAGAUUUUGUGGGCAUUGUUACACUCCUCAUUCCCUUCCAAAUUACCCUUUGUCUUCUCUAUUUACAUUUGUCUGUGCAAGAUUCUCAGUACACUAGUUAGAGACUCAGUCUUGUGUACGUACUUGGUAUAGAUUUUGUGGAUGUUUUAUAACCCUCCUGCCUACAGACAAGUCCCAGUCCCAGCUAGCAUAGAGCCCUCAACUGUGGCCCGUUGUCCCCAGAGUUCAUUUCCUCCCUCUCUGCCUCCUCCUGAUGGCAGGUUAAGGCACAUUGCUCAGAUGCACGGCCAGAGCAAGAUUUGAUUGGUACUUGCUCUGUCAUGCUCCUUGUUUCUCCCAAGCCAAGUUUUAUCAUUUUUUGUAGUGAUGUUUAGGAAGUUAUUGUGUGUACCCCAUUUAAUAUGAAUCUGUCUUUUGUGUCCAGGUUUUCUCAGUGUUUAUGUCGAGGCGUAUUAAGAGGAAAAUUUAGAGUUGUCGCAUGUGGCUGGCUCUUUGUGGCUAUGACAACCAUGUUUGUGUUAUAUCCCGACAGUCGUGGGUGUUGAUCUUGUUGAGAGUCAGGAAUACGCCUUCCUGCCUGGCAACUGUCUUGGCUGUGUUGAUUGGGGAAAAGGUACAUGAAUGGCACACAAAAAUACAUUGCAAUGUAAUAUAAUGAGGACCUUGAAUAUUUGGUGUAUGUGUAUGUGUGUGCGUGGAGGCAAACCUAAAAGAAUCAGCACAUGCCUGUUCUCCUCAGCUCUGUGUACUGUGGUGCAGCUGUGGUGGUAAUGAUGUGCUGUUUGUGUACAUGUGUGUUUCCACGCCGUUUAACAACAAGUGUCUUGGGUGUGCCGUGUGCCAAGAGCAUUCUGGCAACUAAUCUAACCAAAACAAUGAAUGAAGCUUUACAAGGC